CAAAGCUCAUUGAGACUUGGGAGAAUAAAGAGGAAGAUAUGGAAAUCUGUAUGAUUCUUUUCUUAUUUAGCUUUUGAGCGACUCAUUUAAAGGCACUUUUCCAGUCGAAUGUUUUUUUUAGAAUUAUAAGCAUUCGCUUUUGACAGCCUUUUAAAGACUGCGUCACCUAGCUCCUUAGACGAUAAAUGAUAGUCACAUUCCCUACUUCACUUGCACGUAUUUGAUCAAGGAGUACCAGAAGACCGAAGAUGCAUGUGGCCAGGUUAAUUAUUCCUUUAGCGAAAAUACUUAAUUUUUUAUAGGAUUUUAUAGCUUUCAAGCUUAGGGAGAUUGGUUUAUUUAUUAACGUUUCUCUUUAAAAAGGACACAGUAUCCUUAUCAUAAAAACUAAGGAUAAGCUAAGCUUGUUUAACAAACAAACUCUUAUCUUCAACAACAUAAAUUAUAAAUAAUUAUACAAAACGAAGAUUAUAUAUAGCACAAGUUAAGAACAAGAAUAUAUAUAUAUAUACUGUAAAUAUAAAUAUGAUAAAUAUGUAUUACGAGUAGAGGAGUUGUUAAUAUUACAAGAUGGCGGAUAAGAAAUGAGAAAAGUUCUCUCUCUUAAUCACACUUCCUCAGGCAAGAACUAUAUUUUUCCGUUAGUUAAGUAAAUAUACAUAUAUACGUAUAUCUACGAAUUUUGUUAAUUUAUCAUCCUUUUUAUUCUCAUAUUAAAGUAGUUUUAUAUAAAAAAGACAAUAUUAUUAUUUUAGAAUCACUUUUAAAAUAGUAAGCUAACUAUUCUUUUUUAACGAAAUCUGUUUUCGUAUAAAUAAUAUAGCUUUUUGUUAUAAUUAGUAAUAAAUUAUUCUCAAUUCAUCGUCAAUUGUCACCCAAUCUCAGCUAGUUUUAAUAAAAAAAAAAGUCCAAACAAAUAGUAGAAACGUAAUGUGUCAAACAUUUCACCAUAACGUAUGAUGCGAGUGAUACAUUAAACGAAUUAUUGUUCGUAUCUAUUACUCUCUAUUAGUUUGUUUUCUUUCUAUAUACUUGUUUGUCACAAGAUCUUUGUAUGAUGAAGGUAUAAACAGUCAGUUUGUACUAAUAUUAAUAGAUAGCAUUAAAUUGUAUGAAGAAAAGGAAUAGUGAUAAUAUAGUAAAGGUUUUAUGAUAUAAACAUAGCGAAUUCGUUUUGCAGUGUCUAAGUUGACAAGAGAAAAUAAUGUUGCUAGAUAAAGCAAGGGAAGAAAAUAUAUCAUUUAAGGUUAGGUAAGCUUUUAAAUUUCUUUCAAUAGAAGGAAAUGCAUACUUUAAUUGAGAGUUUUUGCAGUAUUAUGACUUGUAUCAUUAAGAGAAGGGAUAUUGUUUCAAUUACGACAAAAAUAAAACAAUUUUUUUGUUGUUGCAUCCUCACAGUCAUGUUCAUAGAAGGUUAAGGUUUCCAAUGAUAGAGUUUAGCGUAGAGCCAGCUGGCAAUUCGUCUUUUAUCGCCAAGAUCGUUAACAAGCAUAAAGAUUAUCGGGAGGAUAGUGUUGGAGCCGUUUAUUACGUAGUUAUCGUUAUAAUGAUCUACGCCUGCUCCAUUAUCAUGAUGAUUGCCUCGCACAUACGCAAAAAUAAGAUGGACAGAAAAUUAAGUGCAUAUUUAAAGGAAAUGGCUUUCGUUAGAAAGAAAGAGAGGCAAAUGCAAUUAUUGAACGCUACGAACAAAUUAGCCGCCUAUCGAGGAACUGAUGGACGAGUGGUAAAGGAUGCUCGUGUCGCUCUUAAUAAACCUGUUCCGGAGGAAAUGAGCCUUCUAAAAUCACCCACGAAUAAGCAGUACAAUAUCGUCAAGUUCAAAGACCUGGACAGAUUAACCCCUGAGUCUUGUAGAAAAUCGUCAAGGAAGAAGGGAAGACAAGAAAUGAAAAGUAAAUCCCAUCAUAGCCAACCCUAUUCUACUAAAGUCGUCAUAGAGCUAAACGGUGAAACCUCUGAUACGGAAACAGACGUUUAGAAGUGAUGGUAUCUUUCAAAAAUGUUUAUAAUCUUGCCCAGGUGGCGUUUUUACCGUAACUCCCCUUGUCAAACUUUAUAACUUGUAGUACAAUAAAAUCGAAUAAAUAUUUAAACAUACGUUAAAAGCGACGCUAUUUCCAAAUCGUCGUAAAAGCUAACGGCGUCUAAAAGCUCCUAUAUAAUGGAUUUUACUAAUAUUAGAAAAGCAUAGGGAAAACAGAAAAAGGGAAAAAAAUGGAAAAUUUUGCUAAACAAAGUCAAAGUUUUCUUCUCUCUUCGGUGUGUCGGGAGACGAAGCAGUUUGCUCAACAUAUUCUUCUUCUUCCUCUUCCUCGCAAUUUUCGUCCACUUGAAUAAUGCACAGCUCAUCCGACUCUUGCUCUAUUUCAGUAUUCUUAAGAGAUACAAGUGGUUGAUAGAAGGCAAAUUGUUCAUCUAUUCCCUCUUUCGUUUGCUGACCGGAAGGAACAUCUCCCCAGGGAUAGGAUUCAUCGUCUUUAACCAAUGCCAUUCUCUGAGGUGCUGUGUGUAUAGUCUUAAAAGGAAUCUUUUUCUUUUGUAUCUUUUGCAUUAUUAACCUUGUUUUGAACUUUUCCUUUCUCUUCUCCAAUCUCUUUAAAUUGUCAAGAUCAGCUAUGUACUUGUAAAUAGAUUUAUCGUGCUUUCCUUUAUUUAUUACCGAAGCUAUCAUUAAGAUUAUUCCAAAACCAUAGAUUACAAUAACGGCACACACAUAAUACAAUGCUCCCGAAGCAUCAUCAUUGCGUUUGUAGACCUGAUUUUCAGUUGUAUUAAAACUUUCUUUUAUUGAGGCGAUAAACGUUUCGUUACCAAUAUUUCGAAUUCUCAUUUCAAAUCCAUUCUCUCCAAAUGUCUUCAAUCCCUUUAUACAUUGUUAGAAGUAGGAUAAGAAUUCUUUUUAUAGACUCGAAAUAAUUGAUAUAGUAUGAAAUAUAAUCGUAAUAAAUACAUCUUAGUAUCUUGCAGUACUUACUUGAAUUAGCACAUUAUUUAAUCUAUUUCCUCUUCUGGCCAUUGCUGAUAAAAGCUAUUAAAAAAAAAGGACUAAAUUUAGAAAAAUAUCAUGUAUACAACGACUUUAAUGCAAUGCGAACGCACAAUAACAUCUGUGAGAUUAU